GAACAGGGCGCCGGGGGCGAUGAAGACCCCGAAAUCGCCGCCAUGCAGCGAAGACUCAAAGAGAUGGAGGACGAGGCGGAGAAGCUGAAGGGCGAACACGAAAAGGUUGACGACGCCAUGGCGGCGGAAGAGGCUGGGAAGAAUCCCGAAGAGGAGGCGGCGAAAAAGCAAGAGGCGGAUGCGCGGUCGGUGUACGUCGGACAGGUUGAUUACGCGUCGACGCCGGAGGAUUUGGCGAACGCGUUCGCGAGCGCGGGGACGGUGAAUCGCGUCACAAUCUUACACGACAAGUUUGAUAACCCCAAGGGUUUCGCGUACGUGGAGUUUCUCGAACCCGACGCGGUGCAUAACGCCAUCUUGCUGGACGGCACUGAAAUUCGUGGGCGAAAGAUCAAGGUUUCGGCGAAGCGGACCAACGUGCCCGGUAUGAAA